UAGUCACAACCCGCCCACCAAAGAGCAACCGCAGGGUAGCGUCCCCCUGGCGGGGAUUAGUUUGGUAAUGCUGACAAGUACUGGUGGGUCCGGUUUCUUGAGGCGUUAGGGCGAUUCCCUCUCGGCAACGCGAAGUCGAGGCGAAGCCCGGAAAGCCUCUGAGAUUGAUUAUGGACGAGGUGCCCAAAAGCAGUAAUAAUUCAUCAACAUCUCCACAAGUAGCAUCUUUACAAGGUACCGCUCUACAGGAAGCUCAACUUCCUCAUGUUUCUCAACAGAUGUCUCUUAGAGGUCCAACUCCACUAACAGUGGUACAUCUGUCUGGAGAUCAAGUCCAGGGAGUCAUUCAUACAGCUCAGACCUCCUCUGUGAUUCACUCACCACAAGGACAAUCAAUACAGGUGUCAUUAUCCGAAAAUGAGGAUUCACAAGAUUCUUCAGAUAGCAUGGACUCUUCCCAAAAAGCAAGAGGACUCUUAGCACGUCGUCCAUCUUACAGAAAAAUCUUGAACGAUCUUUCUUCUGAAGACACAAGGGAUAGGAAAGGAGAUGAAUCGAAUGCUGUUGUCACUUCAGUGCCUGUCACUGCACCUGUUUAUCAGACCAGCACUGGUCAAUAUAUUGCCAUUGCCCCAAAUGGACCAUUACAGCUGAGCAGUCCUGGGGCGGAGAGUGUGCAGAGCUUACAGACCUUCACAAAUGCUACUGGGACUCCGUUAUUGCAGUAUGUGCAGACAUCCGAUGGCCAGCAGAUACUGGUGCCAAGUAAUCAGGUAGUGGUGCAAACUGCAUCUGGGGAUAUGCAGGCCUACCAGUUACGCAGGACGCCAACUACCACUUCCCUUCCACAAACAGUUGUGAUGACAACGUCCUUGACAUCUCAGUCAGCCAAAACAGAUGAUCCCCAACUGAAACGAGAAAUAAGGCUGAUGAAAAAUAGAGAAGCCGCUAGAGAAUGCCGUAGAAAGAAGAAGGAAUAUGUGAAAUGCCUUGAAAAUCGAGUUGCAGUCCUUGAAAACCAGAACAAAACUUUAAUUGAAGAACUGAAAACUUUAAAAGAUCUUUAUUGCCAUAAAAGUGUGUAAGAAAAGAAGGUAAAAGCUUUUUCACGAAUAUCAGGGGGAUUUGAUUUUGAAAAAAUUAAAAUGAAAGGUCAAAAAUCUCUUCAAAUUCUACAACUUAGACUCUUAAGAUAUCAUUUGAAAUUGUUGCAUGGCAGAGUACCAAAAGAAAGCAUGAAAUUGUGUGAAGAAGCAUUCCUUGGCGCAACUGGAAUCUUGAUUCUAUCAGGCUAUAUGGACAUGUACCUUCUGUCACUUGAGCGAUUGAAUUUCAUGAGCUGUAGUUUAAUUUUAAAUGCUUGUUAACUUUUGAUUGCAGUUAAAUUGCAAAGAAGCUAAGACUGCCAUCAGCUGUAAAUGUCUAUUAACAUGCUUAAUCAGGAUAUAUUCACGUUUUUUCUUUAACCCAUCAUGCUAGAUCUGUGCAUGUAAAUUGACAAGCAAUGAACUGCACAUCUGCAAUGAGCAUUCAUAUGUUUUGGUUUAUGCAAAGUCCGUAAGCUUCAAAUUCAUGCAUUCAGAGUUCCCAGUUGUGUGGUUUCUAUUUACCUUUGUCAUAUUAGUGGAUGAGGCAACCUCUGUAUUUUUUGUAUACCUGGAACAGUCCUCCUAUAAGAAGGCUUUUCAGUUUUGUAUACAUAUUUUCCUUCAGAUUGGAAAUUAUAAACCACUAAUUUGUUGAGACCAUACAGAUUAUUUCAAAGGCAGACAAUUUAAUUUUUUAAUGUAUUGUUUAUCAGUAUUGAUAAAAGCAAUGGAUUCCUUGUGGUUGGAGGCACCUGAAGGCAUGAAAUAUAUAUCAAUCAUAGCUAUUCCAAUUUUUUUGAUGUUUUAUUCAACUGAACAAAUGCUUCUAGAGAAUAUCUUUUUGCCUAUGCAUUUAGUCACAGGUAAGAAAAAUGUCUGAAAGACAUUCACAUUCAAGUGAAUGUGCAUCAUGUAUGCUAUUUGAAGAUGCUGUUCCUGGCAUACAAUGACUGAACAAAUGCCAAGAUCCUUAGUUCUGCCCAUUUUAUAUCAGAAAGAA